UGUUUCGCGGGUGAUUUUGGUGUUUUCUUGUAACUUAGCUAGCUAAUGUAUUUCACAUUUGGCUCUUAUCUUCUUCAUAGCAUUAGUAAAACAAACUGACACAGAUUAAGACAUUGCUACUUCACACUCGUACAAUAUCUCCUCAAUUAGCUAGCUAACGUUACACGUACCAGAUCAGAAGCAGGUAACGUUAGCAAGCUAGGCUAACGUAAAAUAGCUUAACUUUGGGUUUGUAGUGUGGUCUCCCCAGAGGAUAAAAGAUAUCCACCGUGAUGUCUCUUAGCGCUGUUCACGGAACACUGUCGAGCCUGCGGUCAUGUCAGACAGACAUUGGGACGGGAAUGGACAUAGUGUCAGAUGUGGCUAUGGACCUGAUGGAAUCUCAGGGUCAGGAUGGAGAGGUGAACCCUGGCAUCAAAGAGAUGGAGGCCAUGAUCCUGGAGUGUGCCAAGCUGGACAGAGAGAUUAACUACUUUGUUGACAUUGUGCAACAAGUCACAGCAGAGAAUACCACGCAGCAGCCAGAGGCCAUGUUCAGCCUGUCUGCCAAAGUGAAGGAGAAGUUCACAGAGAAAAUAAACGGGCUCUCUGACGCUGAUCUGGAGAAUCACAAGAAAGUAGUGGCCUUCAAGGACAUCAUCAAGAGCUCUCUCAACCAAGCCAACCAAGAGUCAGCAGAGAACACGGAGGAGCUCGAUGAAGACAUUGCAGUUACACAGAGCCAAGUCAACUUCACCUGCCCAGUCACACAGGUGGAAAUGGUGAACCCGAUGAAGAAUAAGAAGUGCAACCACCACUAUGAUGAAGCAGCCAUACUGGGCCUGAUCAAAUCAAGACACAGCCAGAAAAAGAAAUGCCGCUGUCCUGUGGUGGGCUGUGGGAAUACAGAUGUGAAACAGUCCGAUCUGAUUCAGGACGCAAUGCUGAGAAGAAAGAUCCAGAGCCAAAAGAGAAACGGCAACCGGACGUAGUAUUUA